AUUCAAGUGGAGAGCCUUACUUAAAUUCAGAAAUACUAGAUCGUGAGGCGCAAGAAUCGACUACCCGUGAGCUUAUUAAGGAACUCUAUAGCAUGGGAGCUUCAGCGAUUGAUAUAUAUGCUAUUGGCGUACCCCUCGAUGUAAUCAUCAGGUUCUCAAAUGAGUUAAAUAUCGAAUUGCCCAAAGAUCUCAUACAAACACAACAAAUUCUUUCGGAAGCUGGCACGUCAUCUUUUAUGCUAUCAAGUAGUCAAAAUCCUGUCUUCGGACAGAACACCUUUUCUACACAGAUCUUUCCGAAUAGUACAAAUGUACAGAAUACUCCAUUAAUUCAAAAUAUUCCUUCUCUGCAGCCGUUAGCGCCUAAUGCUCAAUUUUUAGCACCUGUGAAUUCGGUUGUACGUGACCAACCUAAUAUGAUGUUUGCUGCUGAUUCCACAUUGCCAGUGCAGUCCAGUUCAUCGAUCAUGUUUUCCGGAUCACAGCAAGAUCAGAUUUCUGCUUUAUUUCAAGGUCAAUAUUCAAAUAUAUCAAGCUCAAGUCCGUCAUCAAGUCAGAACGUUCAGAAUAUGUUGAACAUCCAACAGACACCCGCAUUGUUGGUCCUGCAAAAUUCCCAACAAACAGCAUUAUCCACAAACCCUCAAUGGGAAACACCUGCUCUAGGACUCAUCAUUCCAACUGACACAAAUAUAAUGUCUAAUAAUAAUGCGACUCAUCAGAUGAUGGCAUCAUCAAUCGAUACCAAGGCAACCGAACAAAGCCUUCAAGCAUCAUCAAUGUCUCCUCAUUUCAUGAAUACUACAUCAACAGGCGCGACUCCACCAAUAUUGGCCACAACGAACAUAGAUGAACAAUCAUCUCUCGGGAUGGAGUGUGAUGUGUGCACCGAAGAUGUGCCACCACAGGGUUCUCAUGUAUCUAUACCAAGUAAAGGCAAGAAUAAAGCCGUCGAACUAAAUAACACUAUAUCACAAAUGUCAUCAAUCGCGUUGAUCAACCACUCAUCAUCGCAGAAUCGAGCGAACACGACAAAGCCUUUCUCGUCUAAACAGGUCAAUAAUUUUAUUAUCGAUCUUAGUGAUGAAUCAGAUGGAGAACAGCCUGUAUCUGACCUUGCUCAGCAAACAAAGACAGCGUACAAAGAUAGUGAAGAAAUGCAAAUCAAUGCAAAACAAAAGCUGAAAGAGAAGGAAAUGGAAAUUAGACGAAUGAAUGAAUUGAUAGCCAGCAAAAUGGAAAUGCUUAAGAAGAAGAAUGCCACAUCUGUUUCGACCUCUUCAGACACAAAAGCUAAUUCAAUAUUUAAUAUUAAUGAUCAUGAAGAGUUGCAACAAAGCGCUUCACAGAAUCAAAUUAACAAUAAUGUUGGAACAUUGAAAGAAUCAAGAAAUGAUGUUACAACUACUUUUAUGACCGAAGUGUCAUUUGAAAACAAUCAGGAAUCGACUUUAACAAAUGAAACCGAACUUGAAGAAAUUAACUCUAACAUCAAGAAAGCUACCAAUGAUCUUGAGA